AUGUAUAGGACACACCUGUUUGGAUUUCCAAGUAUCAUGGCAUGCUCCCCAGCCAUCACCAAGUUCAUCUUCCGGUCAGAUGAUCAAUUCCCAUAUAGAUGGCCCACCAAUGACCUUGUAGGCCACAACUCUAUAAUAUCAGCCUCUGGCCAACGUCAUGACAGGUUAAGGAGAUUUCUAUCCAUGGCCAUCAACCAGCCUGAGGCUCUUCGUCGGAUCGCCACCCAUGUCCAGCCGCGCAUCGCUGCUGCUCUCCAAGCAUGGGCCAAGAAGGUAACAUUUGAAAAUAUCGGCAAGUUGUUUGCUAGCAUUGAGCCAGGUCCCCUUCUGGAUUCCCUUGGCUACAACUUUGAAGGCAUGGUCAAAGGGAUGAGGGCACAACCAUUCAACAUUCCUGGGACUGCAUACCACCAUGCCCUAAAGGUUUGA